AUGGCCACCGACAAGAAGCCGGAGCUCUCGUGCGUCGACGGCAUACGAGUGCUCGCAAUGGUCUACAUCGUGGCCACCCAUGCCAUUGAAUACACCGAUUGGUCUCUAUAUAAGGACACAUUCAAACUGAAGGAUGCGUUGAACGUGUGGCACACCAUUCCCACCACUAAAGCGCAUACCGUUGUCGAGACUUUCUUUCUACUCAGCGGACUUUUGGCCUCAUAUACGACACUAAAGCACACGAAAGCAAAGUUACAAAACUUUGAACCGCAGGCAUAUAUCUGGCAACGGGUGGUACGACUGUUGCCACUAAUGGCUGUCUUUAUUUUGCUGACAACUCUGGUGCCCCUCGCGGGCAACGGUCCCGUUUGGAACCAAUACAUGUCCGAUAGGUUCGGCACGUGUUAUACGAAUUGGUGGCAUAACCUCUUGUUUCUGCAUAACUUAAUCGACGCACAGAAUAUGUGCGUCGGCAGCACGUGGUUCCUGUCGGUGGACAUGCAGUUCCACGUGUUGUCACUCGUGGUGAUGGCGGCCCUCCUCAAGAAACCCAGUUAUGGUCUGAUUGUUAACUUUGCGCUCAUAUUGGCGUCGAUUGCGUUCGUCUCGACGCUAAUAGUUGUGAUGGACUUCACUCCGGGUCGCGUCAGUACUCAAAUCGGGUGA